UUUUUGGGUUUAUCAAAAAAGUUAGAUUCUCUGACUAUAAAGAAAAGAAAGAAGGAGAAGAAAGGUACACGCCGCUUCUCUCGAGAAAGAAGCUCACCGGUUUCCAGAUCCAAUUCCACCAAUUUUCCUUGUUUUCCGUCGUCAUGGCUUCUUCGAAGCGGAUCUUGAAGGAGCUCAAGGAUCUGCAGAAGGAUCCUCCUUCAAACUGCAGCGCAGGUCCUGUUGCUGAGGACAUGUUCCAUUGGCAAGCAACUAUCAUGGGACCUCCUGAUAGUCCCUAUGCCGGAGGAGUAUUCUUGGUUUCCAUUCAUUUUCCUCCCGAUUAUCCUUUCAAGCCACCCAAGGUGUCUUUCAAGACGAAGGUGUACCACCCAAACAUCAACAGCAAUGGAAGCAUCUGCCUUGAUAUCCUGAAAGAACAAUGGAGCCCUGCUCUUACCAUAUCCAAGGUGUUGUUAUCGAUCUGCUCAUUGCUGACUGACCCGAACCCAGAUGAUCCUCUUGUGCCAGAGAUAGCUCAUACGUACAAGAUUGAUAAAUCCAAGUACGAGUCAACUGCUCGAAGCUGGACACAGAAGUAUGCCAUGGGAUGAUAAUAUGCUUAAUUCGUGGUUAAGACAAGUAAACUCUCUGUUGUCAUUUCGCUUGGAAUUAUAUUAAACUUGAAAACAAAAUGCAUUUCUUGUGUUUGACAAAAAUUACAUUAGUAUGUGGUCAUAUUUUCAACAAACUCAACCUGCUUUUUCUCUUAUUAUCAAUGCUAGAAACUAUUUAUUUCAAUUUUUUGGGUAUACAAUACAAUACUUCUACU